AUGAAGAAAAGGAAUCAGCGACGCUACUACAACUUGCUCCUGACUGAUGCUAUCAAAGAAAAGAACUCGCAUGUUGGCAAUUUGACGAAGCAAUGUGAUGAGCUCAAGCAUGAACUAUCUGGACAGACUACGUGGAUGAAAUUCCGACUCAUUUGUUUCUCGAUUAAUCGUUUACUCAGCAUCGAGAAAAGUAAGAUCACUUCCCGACACGAUAGAAAACUGAACACCCUAAUUGAACUCAAGCAAACGGCGGAUGCGAUCGAAGAGAACCCAAAUGACACCAUCAUAAACUUGUCCGGCCGCACUCUCUCAUCUGAUGAAAUUGAUGUACUUAAACUUGGAUUAAGACACGGACUAGCAACAAGACCUAACCAAUUUGAAAUAAUGGCUGUAUCGGAAGAC